GUCAUUCGCACGCAUACAGAUUACUAUUUGCUGGAGAGAACGAAUGAACGAACACACAAAAGAAAAAUAGUAGUUUUCUAUACGAAUCGACGCCCAACCCAGCCCAAAAAAAAGAAAGAUCAUAUUUGUUGCCGUUUUCAAUCCAAAAACCAAUUUAAAGCGCUUUGUCAGCUAACUCGUUCGGUAUGCAAACCAUCAAGUGUGUGGUCGUUGGGGAUGGCGCUGUGGGCAAGACCUGCCUCCUAAUCUCAUACACAACCAACAAAUUUCCAUCGGAAUAUGUGCCAACUGUAUUCGACAAUUAUGCGGUUACCGUGAUGAUUGGCGGCGAGCCAUAUACGCUCGGAUUGUUUGAUACGGCCGGACAGGAGGAUUACGAUCGUCUGCGUCCGCUGUCAUAUCCGCAAACGGAUGUAUUUCUCGUCUGCUUCUCGGUUGUCAGUCCCAGUUCGUUCGAGAACGUUAAGGAGAAGUGGGUGCCUGAGAUAACGCACCAUUGUCAGAAGACGCCGUUCCUGCUGGUUGGCACACAAAUCGAUUUGCGCGACGAGACGAGCACAUUGGAAAAGCUGGCGAAGAACAAGCAGAAGCCAAUCACAUCGGAGCAGGGCGAGAAACUGGCCAAGGAGCUGAAGGCCGUCAAAUAUGUGGAAUGCUCGGCUCUCACACAGAAGGGCCUGAAAAAUGUGUUCGAUGAGGCCAUACUCGCUGCUUUGGAGCCACCAGAGCCAACCAAGAGGAGGAGAUGCAAAUUCCUCUAAGAGUUUCUCUGUUUUGUUUGUUGUCAUUUCGCUUGUUUUUUAUUUCUUCUUCUUCGUCCUUAAAACAAACAAAUUGCAAUAUGCUAACUAUACAUAUACACAUAUAUAUAUCCAUAUAUCUUUUAUACAUAUAUGUAUAUAUAUAUAUAUAUAUAUAACAUGUAUGUAUGUAUUUCCCUGCGCCCCUUUUAAAUUGUAUUAAUCGAUAUACUCGCUUCAAAACCCCAGCUUAAAAUGCGUUUGCCAGCUAAUCCUAAAAUUAUGAUUUAAAUUAUGUUUUGUUUUUGCCCCCUUGUCUCGUGCCCCAACUUUCGAAUGUAGCAUUACAUUCAAUUUCCCUACCUUUCCAAACUUUUUGUUUUGUUUUGUUUUUUUUUUUUUUGGCGCAAUUUUCUUAUAAGAUGAACAACAAAACAAUGAAGAAAUAAGCAAAAAACAAACAACAAUAACAAUAUAGCAAACAAAUUAUUUAUAUAUAUAUAUAUACAAAAUUAAGAGAAGAAAAAACAAAAACACAAAAAAAAAAUCAAGAGAAAAUUGAAUGAUGCAAAUGAUA